AGCUCGAUCUCAGUUUUUGUGUGUAGCUAAAGAUAUUCGUAGUUUUGAGGCAAAUUAGGGUUUUAGGAUUUGUCGAUCGGUUUGCCAUGGCAGACACCGACGUCGUCAAUUCGUCUGCUGGUGAAGCAGCAACAGAAGCAGCUUCCGCUCCAGCAGAGGACGCUCCUGCAAGCUCUAGCGAUGCGGCGCCAUCGCCGUCUGCGUCUCACGCUCCUCCAGCUCCUCAGGCUGCCCCCGGCGAUCCUCUUGCUAAGGCCUUGCAGACUCUCUUCCUGAACGUCACUACUCUUGUGCAAGGAGAGCUUCAGGCUGCGAAUAGUGAAUACGAAUUGCUGGAGAGAAUGAACUUGAGGGUGGCCAGUGAGCAUGAUAACCAAGCCGAUUUCGCAGAAGGCCUUCGGGUUUUCGUGGAGCGACUGAAGCAAAAGAACGAGGGGUUCACCGAGUAUAUGCAGCAGAUCGAUGAAAUUGAUCAAGAAGUGACGGAGCUGGAGGCGGUGGUCUCUACUCUCGACAAUUAUACGAGCAAUUUGGAAUCCAGAAUUAGGAUUGCUUGUGCUCAGGCUCAUCCAAGGAGUAUCCUGUAACAUUUAUCCUUCAAAUUUGUGCAGAGCAGCUUCUAUUCUGUUGUGUUCAGCUUAAAGUUCCAGGUCUUCGUGUAGGAUAAGUUUAGUGUGUACGAUUUUGUAACAUUUCGGUCGCUAGAAAGGUUUGUUUUUUAAAAACAAUUAUGGAACCUAAAAGUGGAUGAUGAGUAGAUGUUAGAAUGCAUUUUCCCACUGAACAGAUUCCAAAUGGAAGCGAUCACAAUUCCGGUCAAGCCUUUUUGUUUUUUGUUUUUUUUGGUGCAUUGUGAUUGUUUUCAGAACCUUCA